AAGCCCAAUAUUUAUAACUUAGUUCUACAAUAAUAUAUAUUUUUUAAUUAUUUUACUCAUAAACGUAAUUAUUUCAAAGUCGAAGCUAUUACGUUUGUAAGAAUGCACUCAUAAAUCUCCACCGCGGAAUGAUAUCAUCUAUGCACUACGACUCUGGAAUUUGCUCGAACCAGCACAGCAACGGGAAUCUUCCCCGAGCUUCUGAUUGGAUGACACAGUUGUUUGUUUGAUCAGCGAUUGGUUGCUGUGUUACAGAUGACUGGAACUUUUGAUUGGGAGCUCCACGUCAGCAAGUUUCACAACUAACAUGUGACACCCUUUCAACCUGAACUUUACCAUGGACCUGGUGAAACAUACAGGUGGCUGCCACUGUGGGGCUGUGCGAUUUGAAGUCUGGAAUUCCCCAGACCUCCAUGUUUUUCAUUGCAAUUGCAGCAUUUGCACAAAGAAGCAAAAUCAUCAUUUCAUUGUGCCAAAAAAUCGCUUCACGCUCUUACAGGGUUUGGAAAAUCUGACCACGUACACAUUUAACACUCAUGUUGCAAAACACACCUUCUGUAAAACCUGUGGAGUUCAAAGUUUCUACACACCACGCUCCAACCCAGACGGAUAUGGCAUUGCUCCACAUUGUCUGGAUCCAGGUACUGUGCACAGUGUCACAGUGGAGAACUUUUGUGGGGAGAAGUGGGAAGAAAGUAUGCAAGUUCACGAAACUAUCAGAGACAUGUCAAAACCAGAGGAAAACCAACCUACUGUCAUAUAAGAAACUUUAUUUUUCAAUCAGCAUGACAUCAGAAACAUUCAACAGUACUUUCAUUGGUCUUUAAAGUAAUAAAAAAAAGUCAUAACCCCUUGGAAAAGCUUAAAUACUCUAUAUUUUAAUACAGUGCUGUGACUGAGUCAAUAAAAGUUUUUCUGUAACAAAAAAGGAUGAGAAGUUUCUUCUAUUAUUAAAUAUUAUCUAAAAAAUAACAGUGUUUAAGAAAAAUGCAUAUCACCUACUGCUGUUAACAGAGUAUCAAAGACAUUUGUAAACAGCUUCUAAAUUCCCUGUAGUGUAAGAAAUG